UUGGCCAACUUCACCCACUACUCGAGGUGACGCACAGCUCGGCGCAGCGACUCCAGCGAAGACGGCGGGGAAGUGUGUAUCCAGCGGCGUCAUGGCAGUGGAACUGGCGGCGUGGCAGCAGGUUUGGCUUUGCUGUGCGCUGCUCUUCACGCUCGGAGGCACUGUGGAGCAAGCCCGCUCCAUGUCCACCCUGACGGUGACCACCGCUCAUCGCUUCCACACAUGUCCAGAAGGAGCCACAGCCAAACUGGUGUGCUAUCAGGGCGGCGCCGCCUCACACCCCACUGACAUCUUGAAGCACGCCUGGCUUUUCACGCCGCACAGCGACCAGCACUGCAAAGGGCGAGCGGGCCCGCGCCACACCGUCAUCGGCAACCCCCACCAGAACCAGACCCUGCCUGCGGGGCUGGGGUUCGGUUCCUCGGACAAAGGCUUCUGGGUGGAGAUGAAGAAUGUGACCCGCGCCGACCAGGGCCGCUACUGUUGUUUGGUGCUGGACUUCCUGCGGGACCAUAAACACAGCCUGGUGCAGAACCCACACAGCCACGUCAUCCUUCAAGUCACCCCACGAAGAAAUGGCUCUCAGGAGUGCACUGAAUGGGAUUCCACAGAGACUGGAAACUCGGUGCCGAUGGCUCUGGCCAUUUCCGUCUGCAUUGUGCCACUGGUCUCCCUGCCUCUUCUGCUGCUGCUUGUCUACAAACAGAGGCACAGCAGCCACUCCAGCAGACGUGCGCAGGAGCUAGUGAGGAUGGACAGUGAGUCCCACGGACACGAGAACCCCGUGUUUCUAGGCGGCUCACCAGAGGUCAAGCCUCGAACCGUCUCUCAGAUCAUGACCAGGCAGUCCUCAGAGACCGGACGUCACCUGCUGUCUGAACCAGGAACCCCUCUCUCCCCUGCAACACAUGGGGAUGUGUUCUUUCCAGUAGAAGACACCAUUCCUGAAUCCCCAGACCUUCUUCAGGUAUAAAGCAGCUCCAGCUUCUCGACCUUCUGGCCCAGAGAGGUCCAACAAGCCACCUUCAAACCCAGCUGACUGUUAUACAGUGGCUCCUGCUGUACAGUUUCCACCCUGACGGAGGUCAGCUGCAUAUUUUUCACAAUCAAAGCGGCUGUUUCACCUGCAACAGCCGGAGGCCUAAACUGAACUGUGGCUUAAAGAGCAGUGCUCUGAAAGCAAGUGCAGGUGUGUGUAUGCGUGAUUCUCAGUGGUCAGCUACUCACAGAGGUGAAGAAAGAAGCAACAGUUAUUUCUUUUUGCUUAAGAAUUUCUUAAAUGAAUCACUUAAAAUCCCAUGACAUAACUGUAUUCCGCCUCCGAGCUUCUUCAUACUGAAGCCGGUCCAGAUGUCUGUGAGUUCCUCUUCUUCACCUCCCUUCCCCAACUGGUUUGCUGCUGCACUAAAGUCACCUUCCUUCCUGUGGCUUUCUUCAGCAGUGAAGCACUUCUCUUGGCCUUCAAUCUUUCGAUUAAAGAACCUGCUGUACUGCUCAGAAAAAUGCUGCCCUAAUACAGGAUUACCAAAUAAUAUAUUCCGCGGAGGAUGUGUAUAUCUUUUGGGGUGUAAAUAAGCGUGAGACGAACAUUUGUGUAAGAGGAGAGUGCAUAGUUGCUUUGUUACAAUUAAAAACCACUGGUGUCUUCUGGUUUUGCGUAGAGCUCCAAAUGACUUGUACACAAAACUGUAUAUUUUCGAGUACUUUCUCAGUUUUUUUAAAGGACAGUAUUUUAGCGGUGCGUACGUGUGAUGUAAAGAGCUGGAAAGUGACACAGCAAACACUGAUGUGAGGUUUGCCCUGUGCGUUAUUUCAUUUUUAUGUCCCGACUGUAGCUUGUAUAAUAAAGUGGAUCUCUUUUAAAGCCC